AUGAAAUUUACUUAUUGCAUUUCAUUUAAAAACUUUAAUAUUUAGUUUUUUGAUUUUUAAAUUAUAAUUUCUUAAUUUUUAAGAAAUAGUAAAACAUAAGAUUUUUUUUUAAUCAAAAUAGAAGUUUAAUUAAUAAAGAUAGAUUUAGUAAAUAAAGAAGACAUGUUUGCGGAAUAAUAAAUUUAAAUGGAUUCUUUCUUAGCAAUUCAUUUUAUUUAUGAUAAAGUCUUAUAUUUUUGCUUAUUGUUUUAGCUUUUGUAUUUCAUAGCUUUCGAUGAUAAAUCAAUUACAUAAUCGAUAAUAUGGUCUGUUAUAGGUAUAGCAAUUAAUAUUGAAAAUUUUUUGAAUUUUUUAUACAUCUACAAGAACAUCGAGAUAAAGAGUAAGUCUCUAGCUUACAUUCUAUGCUUAUUUAACUUAGGAGAGAUACCUUUACUUUAAAUUCAUAAAAAUAAUAGGUUUUAAUGCUUCAAAUAAUACAGAUUAAAUUUUAAAAGAUUAGUUUUUUUUGUGGUAGAAGUGGCUGGAUCUAUCAUCCUUGCUUUCUUAUUAGAUCCAAAAUAAUUAAUCAUACCUUUGUUAGCAUAUUUUUACCCAAUCUAUAUAAUUUUGCUUUCUUUAUUUGAACCUAAAAUAGUUAGAAAUAAACAUAUUCUAAAAAGUACAUGGAUAAAAUUUUUUUUAGAAGCUAUUGGUUAAAUAGGAUAUUAAGGAUUAGUACUAAUCUAUAUAAUUCACGAUUCUUAAUCUUUAAUUACUAUGGUUAUUAUAAAUUUAGGGCUCUCUGUUAUAUUUUUAGCUUUUACAGCUUAGUUUAUUUCUAAGCAUUACAAAGAUGACUUUAUUUAUUUUUUCUAUUUCAUUGUAUUUUUUGGAUAUUUUGUUGAUAUUAGGAUUCCUUUUGUUUUUUAAGCUGGAAUUAUUGAUCACUUAGAAGAAUGGUAAAGAAAUUCAAUAGUUUUUCUAUAGCUUACUUAGAUUGUCUAUGUAUUCGUUUAAUUUUUCAUUUAGCAUUUUAGUAUAUUUAAAGAUGAAAGUUUAUGCUUUUCUAUAUAGGCGCUAAUAAUUUUGGCAUUGUCUAUAUUUUAAAUUAUAAUGAAGAUAGUUUCUCUUACUGAUUAUGUGAUUCUAAGUUAUCUCAAAGGACCAAAAAUAAUAAGAGUAAAUAGUUUUUAACAAUUGAAAGAGCUUACAAAAGAGUACAAAAAUAGUGAAAAAAAAUUUAAAAGAUUAAAAUUUCUAAUUAUUCAGUUUGAUGUACACCACUCAAAUGGUAUCUAAUCUCGUUAAAAAAGACAUAAGCUAAUUUAAAAGACUUUGCUCUUCUACUUUUAAAAGACUGAGAUAAUAACAUUAUAAAAGUAUUUUCAUAGAAUAAAUAUAAGUGAUUCUAAAUUCAAAUAGUAAGAGGUCAGUUUAUACUAAAAUUUUGAUUAUAAUUUUAUAAAAAAAAAGAUAAGAUAAGGUUAUGAAAUUUUAGAUGAAAUAAAAACUGUUAAGUUUUACAACAAAUUUAUUUAAAUUUAAAUAUUUAAAAUGUUUUUUGAAACCUUGAUUUUAUAAAAUUAAAUCAGUAUCUUUACAAUAAAAGGAAUAAAAAAUAAAUUACAAUAAAUGUCUUUAGAAAAUGAGUUAUUUCAAUUAUAAAUUACAGCUUAUCAAAAAUAUCUAAGCAGAUAUUUUAACAUUAAUCCUGUUUAGAUAUUAUAUGAUUUAUACUUAGAUCUUCCUAUUAAUAAAUGA